CUGGGACGGAGGAACGUGGGUGUAAAUAGACAGUGAACGCUGUUGCUCUCUCUCCCUUUUCUCUCUCUUUUCUCCCUCCCUCCCCCUUCCUCCUUCCCUCUCUUUCUGUCUCUCUUUUAUGAAAUCAAUGAACGAGUUAUUGGGGAGGACAUAAAUAUAAGGAAUCAAAGCCUCCAUCGGGACCAGCGCCUUUAUAUUUUUUAUAUGUGUCUUUGCCAAACGCUACAUGUGUUUUCCAAUCAGUGUAAAUACUGGCUCUGAUAGGACGAGAGAGGAGCYUCUCUGGCACGGCUUGGUGGUCUCGGAGCCCAAUUUUCAUCCUUUUUUUCUUUUCUUUUCUUGUUCCUUUCCCCUUCUUCCAAAACGGUUCUCCAUCAUCUGCUGCCGCCGUCUCCAUCCCAACUCAGUGGCAGGCAGCUGCGACGAAAGAUGGCAACUUUAACCAACGGGCAGGRGGACGGCACCGUGCACGGUGUCGGUGUCGUGUCCGUUAGCACGAACGGGCUCGUGAACGGAUUAAGCCACGGCAGCCCGGUGGGAUGUCCGGCCACCAUACCCAUGAAGGACCACGAUGCCAUCAAGCUCUUCAUCGGCCAGAUCCCGCGCAACCUGGACGAGAAGGACCUCCGGCCCCUGUUCGAGGAGUUCGGCAAGAUCUACGAGCUCACCGUGCUCAAAGACCGCUUCACGGGCAUGCACAAAGGCUGUGCCUUCCUCACCUACUGUGCCAGAGAGUCAGCCCUGAAAGCCCAGAAUGCAUUGCAUGAGCAGAAGACCCUGCCAGGCAUGAAUAGACCGAUCCAGGUGAAGCCAGCAGACAGUGAGAGUCGAGGAGAAGACAGAAAGCUCUUUGUGGGCAUGCUCAACAAGCAGCAGUCAGAAGACGACGUGCGGCGCCUUUUUGAGUCCUUUGGCAGCAUCGAGGAAUGCACCAUCCUCAGAGGGCCCGACGGGAACAGCAAAGGCUGCGCGUUUGUAAAAUACUCCUCUCAUGCUGAAGCUCAGGCAGCCAUCAGUGCACUACACGGCAGCCAGACAAUGCCUGGUGCCUCGUCCAGUCUGGUGGUAAAGUUCGCUGACACGGAUAAGGAGCGCACCAUCCGCCGCAUGCAGCAGAUGGCUGGUCAGAUGGGCAUCUUCAACCCUAUGGCCCUGCAGUUUGGAGCCUACGGGGCCUAYGCUCAGGUGCAGCAGCAGGCAGCGCUGAUGGCGUCCGUGGGCCAAGGAGGCUACCUCAGUCCCAUGGCAGCUUUCGCUGCAGCCCAGAUGCAGCACAUGGCCACCAUCAAUGGCCUCCCAGGAGCGCCACUGACCCCCAC